AUGCAGCUGCGUCUCGCACUGUUGCUGCUGCCUGAUGCCGUGAGCCUGGAGUGUCUCCUCAGGGAGAUCGUCUCCCUUUCCUACAGAGGAGACUUCAGGGUCCUCUUCGCUGAGGACCCAAACAAAGCGCAGGCCAUUGUGAAUGGCCAGGGGGCCGAUCUGUGCUCCAUCUACCUCCCGCUGUUGUCGGAGAUCCCUUCUGUGCAUUUGGAAGUGGAGGGGGGCCCCCUGGGUACUCAGGGGCCCCCCGUUGCUCCUGGGGGGCCCCCGCUGCUCCAGAAAGCCUUCAGCAACACGCAUGCAAAGCGGGGCCCCCAAAACAGAAGAGACAAAUUUUGCCCUGUAGAAUUUGGACUCAGCCGUAUUUUAGUCCGGCAAGACAGGUCACCUGCUGCUCUCUCUGCUCUGUAUGACCCCCUUCCUCUGUCUCUCCGUUGGAGGGCAGAAUACGAGGGGCCCCCAGGGGCCCCUAGUAGUACAGCGGGAGGGGGCCCCCCUGCUGGGCCCCCACCUGUAAGGGCCUUGCGGCUGGGGCUGCAGCAGUUGGUGUUUGGCCCCACUCUGAAGUGCAGCCUCAAGAACGCUGUCUCCGCUGGCUUUGGAGCUUCGGUGCUGUAUAGCCUGCACAAGCUGGGUAAACGUUUGGGGCUGCGCUAA